AUGACCUGGCGACUGUGGCUCUGGUGCUUCUGCGCUUGGGUGGCCGCCGGCUGGCCGCCAGGCAGAGCCCUUCAGCUCCGUCCCGGCAUGCCAAAUGUUUGCGAAGAACAGCAGCUGACUGUGGUGGGACUACCACACCCAUGUGUCCGAGCAUUCACACACAUCAUCAAGAUCUGGAAACAGGGCGGCAGUGGCCCACGGUGGUGUGUGGGUUCUGAAAGAAGGAGCCGGUACUACACCAUCUACAGACAGGCAUACAGCAUGGAGCAGCUGACCAUCUACAGGUGCUGCCCUGGUUGGAGCUGGCAGGACAAUGAACCUGGCUGUCUAUGCUCUGUCUCUGCAGUGGGGACUUGUUUCCAUGGGAAGAGAUGCUCAGAGGGUAAAGUCCAGCAGUGCCAGUGUUCCGAGGGUUUUCAGGGACCCCGCUGUCAAUACGAUAUAAAUGAAUACCAUGGUGUCUGUCAGGACCAAUGCUGUAAUACGAUUGGCAGUUAUUACUGCAAGUGUCAAGCUGGCCAGAAGCUGGAGGAAGAUGGCAGAGGAUGUGAAGAUGUUGACGAAUGUACGGUAGUGACUGGAGGCUGCCAACAGCGCUGUAUUAACACUCUGGGCACUUUCCAUUGUGCAUGUGAUACGGGGUACAGUCUCCAUGCUGAUGAACACACCUGCCUAACGAUGGACCGCUGCAUGGGUGGAAAUGGAUGUGCUCACAUCUGUCAGAGUGAGCAUGGCGUGGCCAGGAGUGCCUGUCACCCAGGGUACCAGCUGUCUGCAUACAAAAAGGCCUGUGCGGAUGUAAACGAGGGUGCUGAAGGGCUUGGUCCCUGCAGCCAUCGCUGUGUGAACACAGUGGAAUCUUUCACUUGUGCCUGCCACCCUGGUUUUGAGCUGGGAGCUGAUGGAAAACAGUGUUACAGGAUUGAAUUGGAAAUUGUCAAUAGCUGUGAAAAGAAUAAUGGUGGUUGUUCCUGUCACUGUGAACAUGCAGUUGGUGGGCCCUGUUGCUCCUGUAACCAUGGACACUGGCUUGAUUCAGAUGAGAAAACAUGCAUAGACCUUGAUGAAUGUGAGAGUGGAGAAGCCUGCUGGGCCCAGCUCUGCAUCAACUAUUUAGGAGGCUGUGAAUGCAGUUGUCAGGAAGGCUUUAGGAUCAGUUCUGAUGCUUGUGGAUGUGAUGCUUUAGUUGAUGAUGAGUUAAAGGAAGAAGAAGAGGAAUUAGACAUUGUGAAGUUUCCAGGUCUUCUAUUCAAGAGCCCACCUCAACUGCUUCAUUAUGUGGCCACCUCUCUGCCUCUCACCCACGAAGAUGAAGAAGAUGAGGAGGAAGAGGGGAAAGGUAUUCGAGGAGAACUGACUGCUUUGCACAGAGUUGGUGCAUGGUAUUGCAUUCCGGUCUGUUUAGAUCAUACCUUCGGACACGAUUGCACGUUGAGCUGUGAGGACUGCAUGAAUGGAGGCUGGUGCCAGGAAGGAAAGAGUGCAUGCUUCUUCCCAGCUGGCUGGGGAGACAUUCUUCAUAACGAAAGUCAGACCAUGAGAACCAUACAGACUGUGUGA